AUGCAGGCGGCGCUGCGGCGGCGGCUGGGGGGGCUGCGGCGGGCGCUCCGCGGCCCCGGUCCCGAGGCGGCCCCGCGGCCCCGCUGUGUCGGGCCGGGCGUCCCCCCGGCCCUGCGGUGCUGGAGCUGCGGCAGCCCCCUGCGCGGCGCUGAGGGGCCGCCUCACUUCUGCCCGGGUUGCCGGGCGCUGCAGCCGCCGGAGCCUCGGCCCGACCUUUUCCGCCUGAUGGAGUGUGACCGCUCCUUCCGCAUCGACCCGCAGCGGCUGCAGCGGCGGUUCCGGAGCCUGCAGCGCGCCGUUCACCCCGACCGCUUCGGGCAGAGGCCGCCGAAAGAACAGUACUACUCUGAGCAACACUCCUCCUUAAUAAACAAGGCCUACCAAACCCUCCUGAACCCGCUGAGCCGUGGCCUCUAUCUACUGGAGCUGAAUGGAGUGGAGCCGGCACAGGAGACAGACUGUGAUGCAGACUCAGUGUUUCUCACGGAAAUCAUGGAAAUUAAUGAGAGAUUAGCAGAGCCUAAAAAUGAGGCUAUCCUUGAAGAAAUUGAAACUUUAAUUAAAGUUAAGCAAGAAGAACUGACCAAAGAGGUGACUGCAGCUUUUGAAAGAGAUGAUCUUCAGGAAGCUAAGAAGCUUCUAGCCAAAAUGAAAUAUUUUGCAAACUUAGAGGAUAAACUAAAGAACAAGAAGAUCCCUUCCUGAUACUGCCUCCUUUACCAUUGAGAGUUAAUGUUAUUUUCAAUUAAACAGCUGAUUUAGCUAUCAAAAAUCAGAAAAA